CUCACGGCUUUUUCCUACGGGGGCACUGGUAUUUAGCUGUUUGCAAAAAUCCCGCCCACAGCAAUCCAUCUUUUUAUUUCUUAAACCCCCAUCUCCUCCACUAUACCCUCCCUACGUACACCGUCAUUCAUAGUUAAUCCCUACGUUUCUUGUACUCGCCCCGCUCCAAUAUGGCCGACAACCUUGGAGCUGUUGCGCAGCUCCUCGAAGCAAGUUUGGACCCCAGACAAAACAAACAAGCCGAACUUGCUCUUCGCCAGGAAGAAAAAAAGCCCGGCUACUCUUUGCAGCUUCUACAAAUCACCGCCUCUGCAGCCUAUCCUUACAAUACCCGCCUUGCUAGUGCGCUUUGCUUCAAAAACUUCAUUAAGUGGAACUGGACGGAUGAGGACGGAAACUACAAACUCCAGGAAAAUGAGGUCACGACGAUUAAACGAGAGCUGAUCAGCCUGAUGAUCUCGGUCCCGACGGGUAUCCAGACUCAGUUGGGAGAAGCCGUUAGUGUGAUUGCCGAUAGUGAUUUCUGGGAGAGAUGGGACACGCUUGUGGAUGACCUUGUUUCGAGACUUCAACCCGCCAACCCUGCUGCCAACAUCGGCGUCCUACAAGUCGCACAUUCCAUUUUUAAAAGAUGGAGGCCUUUGUUCCGGUCGGAUGCCCUCUACAUAGAAAUCAACCAUGUUGUUGAGAAAUUCGGAGCCCCCUUCCUGAGUUUGUUCGAGCAACUGAACAACUUCAUUGAGCAAAACAAGUCGAAUAAAGAAAAUCUCGCCCAAGGGUUUGCGCAGCUAAACUUGAUGGUCAAGUUGCUCUAUGACCUUUCUUGCCACGAUCUGCCACCCGUUUUCGAAGAUCAAAUUGCUGGGAUAGCUGGUCUUUUGCUGAAGUAUCUCACCUAUGACAACCAAUUGCUUGUCACUGAUGAUGAUACCGAAGCCGGUCCGUUGGAGUUUGCGCGCGCCGCCAUCUUCCAGGUCCUGACUCUGUAUGUGCAGAGAUAUCAAGAUGAUUUCAAGCCUUACAUUGGCGAUUUCGUUCAGAGCUCUUGGAACUUCCUGACCACCAUUGGCCAAGAAACCAAGUAUGACAUUUUGGUCAGUAGAGCUCUGCAGUUCCUCACUUCGGUUGCGGCUAUGCCUGAGCAUGCAAUGGUCUUCCAAGAUGAGAACACUCUCAAGCAAAUCAUCGAGAAGGUCAUUCUGCCUAACGUGAGCCUUCGUGAAUCGGACGAGGAGCUCUUUGAGGAUGAGCCGAUUGAAUUUAUCCGCCGAGAUCUCGAAGGAUCAGACAGUGACACAAGACGACGAGCCGCCACCGACUUUCUGCGCAAACUGGCUGAGAAGUUCGAAGAGAGCGUCACCAGGGUUGUUCUGCAAUAUAUUGAGCAUUACCUCGCUGAGUGCACGAAGAAUGCGUCGAACUGGAAGGCCAAGGACACUGCCACCUAUCUUUUCUCUGCCAUUGCAGCAAAGGGGGUUGCCACUGCUAGCCAUGGUAUCACUGCCACAAACAACUUGAUCAGUAUCACCGACUACUUCCAGAAGCAUCUUGCCGCAGAUCUGGUUGGAGGAGACAGUGUGCACCCUAUCCUCAACGUCGAUGCUAUUAAAUACCUUUACGUGUUCCGAAGCAUCAUCACCAAGGAACAGUGGCAGGAGGUGCUUCCGCUUUUGGUCAACCAACUUGCCUCUUCCAACUACAUUGUCUACAGUUACGCAGCAAUUGCUGUCGAAAGAGCGCUUUACCUCGGUGAUAGCCAAGGCCAACCGAUCAUCGCACCCAGCACUAUUACACCCCUGGCUAAGGACCUGCUGCAGCACAUCUUCUCAUUGAUCCAGAAGGACCCCGCUCCUCAGAAGAUCCAGGAAAAUGAAUUCCUGAUGCGAUGUGCUAUGCGAGUGUUGAUAGUCAUCAAAGAGGGUGUUGUACCGCACACCGACGUCGUGUUGCAGCAUUUGAUCAACAUUACGCAGAUCAUCAGCAGCAACCCCAGCAACCCCCGUUUCUAUUACUACCACUUCGAAGCCCUGGGUGCCUUCAUUCGGUUUGCUGCACCUUCCAACCCGGACAAACUUGAGCAAGCUCUUUAUCCUCCCUUCGCCAAUGUUCUUCAAGGGGAUGUGCAAGAGUUCAUGCCCUACAUCUUCCAGCUUUUCGCCGCUCUACUGGAGGCCAACCCAUCAGGAACCUUGCCCAAUUAUUACCAGAACCUGAUCGCUCCCAUUCUCAUGCCCGUCAUGUGGGACUCGAAAGGCAACACGCCCGCUCUUGUGCGGUUGUUGUCGUCCAUCAUUUCUCGUGGUUCGCAAUACAUCAUCGAGAACCAGCAGAUCGAGCCUAUCCUGGGUAUUUUCCAAAAGCUCCUCUCGUCUAGGGCCAACGAAAGCUACGGCUUCGAUCUUUUGGAAUCUGUCGUCGCAAACUUCCCGCCGUGAGUGAAAUUCAUACCUGCGACAGCACCUAGGCUUUGCUGACGGGUUGAUAUAGGACUGCCCUGGAGCAAUACUUCGUCUCGAUCAUGCAGGUGAUUCUUAUGAAACUCGAGAACAACAAGACCGAAAGCCUGCUUCUUCGGUUUGUUCGCUUCUAUCACUUCAUCUCCGCGCAAGAGGAGAAAGGCUACAGUGCCGACUUUGUCAUCCAAGUUUUCGACAAAGUCCAGCCGACGUACGUGGCACCCAUCCCCUUUUUUAUCUACAAGCUAGAGAUUGACUGACAUAACCCAGCCUAUUCACGCCUAUCUACUUGAAUGUUAUCCUCCCCGAGACGCAGAAGCUUGCCCGCCCCUUGGAUCGCAAGACCGCUGUUUUGUCUUUUACCAAGACGGUUGCUAACUCGGAAGCCUUUGCGAACCGGUACAAGAAGGGAUGGGGUUUCACUGUCGAAGCCUUGUUGAAGCUUCUGGAGCUUCCUCCCCUUCCGGCUGGAAAGGACGACAUCAUUGCCGAGCACGAUGUUGAAGACAUGGCAUUUGGAGUUGGGUACACGGCGCUUAACACCGUGCGAGUUCAGACUCGAGACCCUUGGCCGGAGACGGGAGCCGAUCUCAAGGCUUGGGUUGGCCAGUAUCUGAAAGCAGCGGACAAGAAGAACAACGGACGCAUCACUCAGUUUGCCCAGGAACGUCUAGAAGACCAGCUCAAGGCGUUGUUUGGCAGCUACAUCGCAUGAGCGAAAGUGAAGCAUCCGGUGGCAAGAAACGCAUUGAUCUUUCGAUAGGAAGAUGAUAGUCCGCUGGCUUGGAUACCCGGCGGUACAGCAGGAGAGCCUAACAGAGAUAAAUGGUGGGAGAGAGGAUGGCGCACGUCAAAACAAAAAUUAAAUGUCCUUAUGAACCUUGCUUAGAUGACAUUGAGAUGUCCAGUUCCGUGUUAUGUACAAGAU